AUGGCAGAAGAGUGGGGGAAACAGGCGUUCGCUGCCAGGCGGUACAAUGAAGAUACGACGCGAGGAUCUGUCUUCGUCUACACAAACAGCAAUCACACCAGAGAUCCCUUCGAGGGUCCCAACUACCACAUCGCUCCUCGAUGGAUUUACAACAUCGCUACCCUCUGGAUGUUCAUCGUGGUCGGCCUGUCAGUCUUCACCAACGGUCUCGUCCUGGUGGCCACAGCCAAGUUCAAGAAACUCCAACACCCUCUGAACUGGAUCUUGGUCAAUCUUGCGAUUGCUGAUCUUGGAGAGACAGUGUUUGCCAGCACCAUCAGUGUGUGCAACCAGUUUUUUGGUUACUUCAUCCUGGGACACCCAAUGUGCAUCUUUGAGGGCUACGUCGUCUCCGUCUGUGGUAUCACCGCUCUCUGGUCCCUGACUAUCAUCUCCUGGGAGAGAUGGAUAGUUGUGUGCAAACCUUUUGGAAACGUCAAGUUUGAUGCCAAAUGGGCCACAAGUGGCAUAGUGUUCUCCUGGGUCUGGUCUGCCGUGUGGUGUGCUCCCCCCAUAUUUGGAUGGAGCAGGUACUGGCCUCACGGACUAAAGACUUCCUGCGGCCCGGAUGUAUUCAGCGGAAGCGAGGACCCUGGAGUCCAGUCCUACAUGGUUGUUCUGAUGAUUACAUGCUGCUUAAUUCCUCUGGCCAUCAUCAUCUUGUGCUACCUUGCCGUCUGGUUGGCUAUCCGUGCCGUUGCCAUGCAGCAGAAGGAAUCAGAGUCCACCCAGAAGGCUGAGAGAGAAGUAUCCAGAAUGGUCGUCGUCAUGAUUGUGGCAUAUUGUGUCUGCUGGGGUCCUUACACAGCUUUUGCUUGCUUCGCCGCGGCUAACCCUGGAUAUGCCUUCCAUCCUCUGGCCGCUGCCAUGCCUGCAUACUUUGCCAAGAGCGCCACCAUCUACAACCCAGUUAUCUACGUCUUUAUGAACCGGCAGUUCCGUACAUGUAUCAUGCAGCUCUUUGGCAAAGAAGCAGAUGAUGGCUCUGAAGUAUCCACAUCAAAGACAGAGGUCUCCUCCGUGGCUCCUGCAUAA